UGUUUGUUCUUCAACAUUUCAUGGAGUUUAUUUAUUUUAGGGAUUUGUUGAGCUUAAAUACAAUGAAAACUACCUCAGUGACUACAAAGUAUAUAAUUCAUCAUUUCUCAUCGUAAUAUGGUUUUAUGGAUAUCUCAGUCAAUGAACAAUCAAUAUGGGUGACAAUAAUUCAUCAGAUUGUUCCUGGAAAAAGAUUGUUUUAGCUAAAGCAAACAAUGAAUGGGUAUCUACCAUUAAACAAGAGCAGUGCGACAUCGAUGACUCUGUGAACACUUCGAAUACUAGUUCGGAUGGAGACCACAUUGCAAACUUUUCUAGUUUUACUCCUGUAAAACCAGAACAUGGCAGUUACAGCCAGGCACCAGAAAUGGAAUCAAUGAUGCAAGAACUGGACCCAUUGUUAGUAGUUUGUGAGUCCCGCAGGCAGCGGAGAGGGUCAGGACCUAAGGUUGAAAGUCCAGAAGAGAGGAAGAUUCGACUGGCUAAAAUGUCAGCGUACGCAGCUAAAAAACUUGCUAAGGAGACUCCUGAGCAACGGGCGGCUAGACUUAAACGAAUGUCGGAAUAUUCAGCACGUAAACUUGCCCAGGAGACCAGUCAGCAGAGGGCCAUUCGGCUGGCAAAGAUGUCUGCUUACGCCGCCCGGCGGUUGGCGCAGGAAACUCCUCAGCAGAGGAAGGUGCGCCUGGCGCGGAUGCAAGCGUACUCCGCCAAGAGAAACAUGAUCUUACAAGCACAGAAACAUAAUCUACCUAUCAAUAAUGGAAAUACUGACAAUGCUUUUGCAGCAAAGUCUAACCAAAGUUGAAAAAUAACAUUUGUUAUGCUAUCUUUUAAAAUGAAAGUAAUGCUUUUAUAUGCAAUAAUGUAUUAAUAAUGUGUAUAAUAAUGUCAUUUUAUUUCUUCUUGAAAUUAGUUUUAUAAAGUAUAUUAAUUUGUUAUUAUCUUCAAAAAAUGUAAUUGAAUUCAUGGUAAUAGUAUGAUUUACAAAAAAAAUCGAUAGGAACACAUUUAAAAAGUUCAAAGUAUAGUCAUUUAAUUGCUAUCUGUAGAUGUGUCUUCUGUGCUAUAGAAAUUACAGUAGAACAUCUGUUUUUGUAGUAGUGGCUAUUUUAAUCUCAUUUAUGUCAAGUAAUGUAGGUAUGAAUGAAAUACAUUAAUUUGUACUUAUACAUUUAGAAAAAAUAUUGUAUAGUUUUAUUAUUAUGUAUACUAUUGGAUUUGUUUCUUAUUUUACUUUGUUAAAUGUGUGUCCUAAUAACUAAGAUUUAUUUACUUGUUACUAACUGCAGCAUGUACUUUUGAACUUACUAUCAGUAUCAUAAUGAAAUAUUGCAAAAUUCCAUUAUAGUACUGAUGGUAAAUAAUAUAGAAGUAUAUAGCCAGAUUUAGUUGGUCAAUCCCACAUGGAAGGGAUUGCAACUUAAUCUUUAAGAAAAGAGAUAUUGUAGUCAUAGUGAAUAUAUUUUAUACAUUACUAGAUGCGAUUCUAAACAAGUUGAAGACUGCAUCGACAGUCAAAACAUUAGUGUCACAUGAGUUGAAUAAUAAACAUCACCUAAAUAAAAUAAAAUUCUUUUAAU